CAGUCAGUGUUUGCGAGUGCGCGAGCCAUGAAGCCGCCGGCGGCGAGCCCUGGGCGCGCGGAGAAGCAGCUGCCGGCGCCGCCGGGGCUGGCGCGGCUGCUGCUCAGCAAGAGCCGGCGGGGGGGCGGCCGCUCCCGCCGCGCGCCGGCGACGUCGCCGAUGUUCGUGUCGCGGAGCCGAGGCGCCGGGCGCGCGGCGGCGGCGGCGGCGGACGGGGAGCCCUCGUCGCCCAAGGUGACCUGCAUUGGCCAGGUGCGGAUGCGGAAGGGGAAGAAAGGGAAGAAGAAGGCGGCGGCGGCGGCGGCGGCGAAGGUGGCCGCGCCGGAGAAGGGAAGGGGGUACUGCCGGUGCCUCAAGAAGGCGUUUCUCUGCGGCGGCCUGUUUGAUUUCGACCGGAGGCGGCGUCCCAAGGCGCCGUCGCCGGAGGUGGUGGAGAGGACCCGCCGCUCGCCGUGGGUGUUUAGCAGCAGGGACGUGUCCGUUGCCGUUGCGCCGAAGCAGCCGGAUCCGAGGGGAGAGCACGGCGAGGAGGACGAUGAGAUGGAGGCCUCCGCGCGAGUGUUCGGCUCGUUGGGGGGAGAGGAGGCCGAGGAGAUUGGGAUCAAUGGCGGCGGCGGCGGCGGCGACAGGGAGGAAGAGGAGGAGGAGGAAGCGGCGGAGCUCGUGUCGUCGGCGACCACCACCCCGCCCAAGAACGCGCUCCUCCUCAUGCGCUGCCGCUCCGCGCCGCAGAACCGCUCGUCGCCGCUCACCUCCAGGUUCCCCGUCGUCGCGCCGUCGCCGACCAAGGACGCCGCCGCGGCCGCAUCCUCUCGGGCAUCCCCCUCUCCCCGCAAGGCGCAGAAGCCGGCAGCGGAAGGCCAGCACGUGCACGACGGGAGGCAACAAGAGAUGGCAGCCGUGCAGGAGCAAGACGAGGCGGCGAGGGAACAAGAACCCACCGACGACGACGACGACGAGUCCGACGAGGAGGAAGACAUGAGGUGCUCGUCGGCGCGGCCACUGGUGCUACCGAGGUGCAAGUCAGAGCCAGCGACGACGGCGGCGGCGAAGAUGGCGGCCGCGGGCGGCGCGGCGGAGGCGGCAACCUCCGGGUGCUUCUGGGCCAACGGCGGCAGCAGCGGCCGGAGGAGGCACGCGCCGCCGGCGGCCGCUCCUCCGGUGGCGUUGACCGGUCACUGAGCAGGUGGGCCCCAGGUUGCAUCGGUAUCCAAUUAUCCAUAUUACUAGCGGUAGAAAUUCCAUUUUCUUUCCUCCUGUUAAUUAAUCUACAACUCUAAGCUGUAAUUUCCUGUGGGUAAUACUAGUGUUAUUCCUCAUGUCUGUGCCAAAAAAUUUCUUUGUAUAAAGUUUUUAUCUCAUGAUGCUGUAAAUUUCCUCAUGUUGGCAAGUGGUACCAAGCUCACUAGUACACUACUUAAGUGAUCGCUCAGAUUGAAAAUAUAGGCUGUAUUUUACUACCUCCGUUCAAAAAAAAUUAUUUUUAGCUACUUGUGUUUGUAUAAGAUUAGAGU